UAACGCAAGGUACGAAGUUUCACAUUUCACCCUCUCCGUGUUGUCCUCCGAUUUCGUUUACAGUUUCUACGACUUUCGCUCUUAUGUUCUGUCAGCAUUUUUCGUGCGGUGUAUUUCACUUAAAGGCUUCUGUGUAGCGGAAUUGGAGAAACAGAUCAAGAACAGAAAGAAAAUGGAUUCCUCAAACCUCACUACGCUUCUCGAAGACGAGACCCCAGAGCAACAAACCCAGCGACCUGUCUCUGCCUUCGCCUCCAAGCCUGAUCGCCCUCCUACUCAGAGUUCGUUACAGAAGUACUCACCGUUGGAUUGGUCGGGCUAUUUUGAUCGAGAGGAUGACAUUAAUAUCCCGGAAACAGAUAAUGUGUUUCAUGUAUAUAUAGCAGGAACAGAAGGGCCAGUUGUUUUUUGUCUACAUGGAGGUGGUUAUUCUGGGCUUUCAUUUGCGUUAGCAGCAAGUAAAAUCAAGGAGAAAGCUCAAGUAGUGGCGAUGGACUUGAGAGGACAUGGAAAGUCUGUGACAGAAAAUGACAUCGACCUAUCUAUUGAGACGAUGUGCAAUGAUGUUUUGGCUGUUUUCAAAGCAAUGUAUGGAGAUUCACCCCCUGCAAUUGUGCUUGUUGGCCACAGCAUGGGUGGUUCAGUCGCUGUGCAUGUUGCCGCGAAGAGAUUGUUACCUAACUUGGCUGGGCUGGUUGUUGUGGAUGUUGUAGAGGGAACGGCAAUGGCUUCAUUAAUUCAUAUGCAGAAAAUCUUAUCAAGCAGGAUGCAACAUUUUUCAAGCUUUGAAAAAGCGAUUGAAUGGAGUGUAAAAGGAGGUUCUCUGAGAAACGUGGAUUCAGCUCGUGUGUCCAUCCCUUCUACAUUAAAAUAUGAUGAUGCAAAGAAAUGUUAUACUUACCGGGCAUGUCUAGUAGAGACGGAACAAUAUUGGAGAGGCUGGUAUGAAGGUCUUUCAGAUAAGUAUCUUUCAUGUCCUGUUCCAAAGCUCCUGCUGUUAGCAGGAACAGACAGACUGGACAGAGCUCUCACAAUUGGUCAGAUGCAAGGCAAGUUUCAAAUGGUGGUUGUCAGACACACUGGACAUGCUAUACAGGAAGAUGUACCUGAAGAGUUUUCUAAUCUGAUCCUGAAUUUUAUCUCUCGUAACCGAAUAGGCCCCCAUGGAGUUGAGAUACCAGGUCUCCGCCGGCCAUCCCAAUCACAACCAUGAACAAGAUGGAUUAUCAUAGGGUGACAACACUCUCCAAGAUGACAGACUGACGGCAUAGCACCAGCAUUUUCUUCAAUAGUUGCACUUUUCGUUCUUCGGAGUUUUAUUUUAUUUUAUCUAUGUUGGCAUGGUGUGGUGGAUAGUCCGUUUGGAGAUGAUGAUCAAAUGACUAUGGUCCAUGGAGGAUAGGACAUGCAUUUUCUGAGAUGUGCCAAAUUUUUUGUAAAUAUUUGCCGCAGAUUUACUUUUCCAGAGGCUCUAUCUUGAUUUGCCUUCAUGGCUACAACUAACUAGUAAAGAACUAUAUAACAUAUUCUGUGUAUGCUGU